AAAUUAUAUUGCCUAUCUUCCUUCCUCCCUCAAAAUUUGCCAAAGGGAAGAUGGGAAAGCUACUUCCUCUUCCCAUAAUUGCUGAGCUUUGUAUUAUCUCUUUCUUAUUACUUGUUUUAGUAAAGCCAAAUGCAGCAAUUAGUGUGGUCAAUUUUGGGGCCAAACCCGAUGGCCGAACGGACUCAACCCAAGCCUUCCAAAAGGCGUGGGCUUCGGCUUGUAGUUCGGCAACGCCCGUCACACUUGAUAUACCGUUUGGAGGAUUUGUAGUCCAGCCCACAUCUUUUACUGGGCCGUGUAAGAAACAGGUCACGUUAAGGAUUAAGGGUACAAUUAUGGGCCCAUCUGAUUAUCGUAUAUUGGCCCAAAACAAUGUGUGGCUCCGGUUUUACAACAUUAAUGGGCUUACUAUUAAUGGGGGUACACUUGAUGCUAGGGGUCAAUCGUUUUGGGCAUGCAGACGUGGUUAUGGGAAUUGUUACAAGGGAGCACAGUCCAUAACGUUCGUAGCGUGCACGAAUGUACUGGUGAGUGGGCUAAAAUCGAUAAACAGUCAGAUGAGCCACAUGAGCGUAAAAAGCUGCGACAAUGUAGCCUUCAAGUACUUGACACUCUUAGCUUCACCUGAAAGUCUUAACACUGAUGGCAUCAAUGUUCAACACACUAAUCGUCUUACCAUUCAUGGUUCGGUAAUCAGUACUGGAGAUGAUUGUAUUGCCCUCGGACCUGGCACCCAAAAUACUGUCAUCAAUAAAAUUGCUUGUGGCCCUGGCCAUGGUAUUAGCAUUGGUAGCAUGGGCAAUACCCUACAAGAAGAUGGGGUAGAAAAUGUAGUAGUUUCAAAUGUAGGGUUUUGGAGGACAACGAAUGGUGUACGAAUCAAGUCAUGGGCUAGACCUAGCAACAGUUUUGUCCGUGGCAUCACGUUUCAAAAUCUCGUUAUGUAUGAUGUUUUAAAUCCCAUCCUCAUUGACCAAAAAUAUUGUCCCAGUAACAAAUGCCCUCACGAGAAUUCCGGAGUGAAGAUUAGUAAUGUGAAGUAUAUAAAUGUGAAAGGAACAUCAAAAACCAAAGAGGCAAUAAGAUUUACUUGUAGUCCAAGUAAUCCAUGCAAUGGGAUCAAAUUGAAAAAUAUCAAGCUAACUUUCGGGAAACAACCGGCGAUAACAUCUUGCAGCGAUGCUCAUGGAAGUAGUCGUGGCAUAGUUAACCCUAGAGGUUGCUUUUAGUAAUCGUCACUUACGAGUCCAUCACCCAUUGAUAUUAUAUAAAUUAAAGAUCGAGGAUUAAUUUCUAUUUCAAGCUGCUUGAUUAAACUAUUGUAUGUAUACACUUCAAUGAAUAAUGGCUAAAUUAUGAAUUGUGCGAAAAAAAUUAAAAGGUUUAUCGAGUAUCGGUGUACAAUAUAUUUAUUAUACACCAGAUAAUUUGCGAAUACAAAGGAGGCAUAUUUGCUGAAUAA